UUAGGUAAAGGAGGAAAGAAUCGGCGACGUGGAAAGAACGAGAAUGAGUCUGAGAAGAGAGAGUUGGUGUUCAAAGAGGACGGACAGGAAUACGCUCAGGUGAUCAAAAUGUUGGGGAACGGACGUCUGGAGGCCAUGUGCUUUGAUGGAACCAAGCGGCUUUGCCACAUCAGAGGAAAACUCCGGAAAAAGGUUUGGAUUAACACGUCGGACAUCAUCCUGGUGGGACUGAGAGAUUACCAGGACAACAAAGCCGACGUCAUCCUCAAGUACAACGCAGACGAGGCUCGCAGUUUGAAAGCGUACGGAGAGCUGCCAGAGCACGGUGAGUUAAACCGACACCCAAAAACUCCAGGAAUUCACUUAUAA